CCUGUCAUUUCAGCUCUGACACCAAGGCAAGAGGCUAGGAGGUCUACAAAUAUCGUCUAGGUAGCUGGUGUGAGUACAGAGGGUACUGGGGGGGCUUAGCCCCCAAGGAAGAGGACCAAUCCUUACCCAGCACCACCAUCAAGGCCCCAGGGCCUCCCACUUACUUCCUUCCACAGACUGUGGACUGACUUAGGGAAUCCCAAAUGAUGACAGAAAAGGAGGUGCUGGAGUCCCCUAAGCCCUCCUUCCCAGCAGAGACUCGGCAAAGUGGGCUGCAGCGACUGAAGCAGUUAUUCAGGAAGGGGUCUACGGGGACAAAGGAGAUGGAGAUUCCCUCAGAACCCCAGGCCAAUGGGGAGGCAGUGGGAGCUGGGGGUGGGCCCAUCUAUUACAUCUAUGAGGAAGAGGAGGAAGAAGAAGAGGAAGAGGAACCACCCUCAGAACCUCCUAAGCUUGUCAACGAUAAGCCUCACAAAUUCAAAGAUCACUUCUUCAAAAAGCCAAAGUUCUGUGAUGUCUGUGCCCGGAUGAUUGUUCUCAACAACAAAUUUGGGCUUCGCUGUAAGAACUGCAAAACCAACAUCCAUGAACAUUGUCAGUCCUAUGUGGAGAUGCAGAGAUGUUUCGGCAAGAUUCCCCCUGGUUUCCGUCGGGCCUAUAGCUCGCCACUCUACAGCAAUCAGCAGUACGCUUGUGUCAAAGAUCUCUCUACUGCCAAUCGCAAUGACCCUGUGUUUGAAACUCUGCGUACUGGGGUGGUCAUGGCAAACAAGGAACGGAAGAAGGGGCAGGCAGAUAAAAAAAAUCCUCUAGCAGCCAUGAUGGAGGAGGAGCCAGAAUCUGCCAGACCAGAAGGCAGCAAACCCCAGAAUGGAAACCCUGAAGGAGAUAAGAAGGCUGAGAAGAAGACACUUGAUGACAAACACAAGCAGCCUGGCUUCCAGCAGUCUCAUUAUUUUGUGGCUCUCUAUCGCUUCAAAGCCCUGGAGAAGGACGAUCUGGAUUUUCCGCCCGGAGAGAAGAUCACAGUCAUUGAUGACUCCAAUGAGGAGUGGUGGCGGGGGAAAAUCGGGGAGAAGGUUGGAUUUUUCCCUCCCAAUUUUAUCAUUCGGGUCCGGGCCGGAGAACGCGUGCACCGCGUAACGAGAUCCUUCGUGGGGAACCGCGAGAUAGGACAGAUCACACUCAAGAAAGAUCAGAUCGUGGUGCAGAAAGGAGACGAAGCCGGCGGCUACGUCAAGGUCUACACCGGCCGCAAGGUGGGGCUGUUCCCCGUGGACUUCCUGGAGGAGAUUUAGGCGCUCGCCUGCUGGCGGGAGACACCCACGCCCCCAUUCUGGGCGGGCCCAGUGGAGCUUGGGGAGGCAAGGGCAACAGCAACUGGACUGCCGGGUAGGCAGGGGCGGGAAGGCCCGCAAGAGCCUGACGGCUUCUGCGUAGGGGCUGGUUUCCGCCCCUUCCUGACCUAGGGCCUGGGGCCCUGACGCCCAGAGCAGCCGCACAGGCCUCGGACCUAGCCUUCGAGAGCUAGAAAAAGAAAAUAUCUCACUGGGGGUGGAGGGACGGAGGCACUAACUGUCGAAUGUUUCGAAUUCACUAAAGUUUUGACAAAAGUUAGAAAAGUUA